GAGGGAGUUCACACUUCACAGUCAAAUAGUACUAUAGUAGUAGCCAGCCAGCCACAGGAUACCGAGAACUGAGCAAUGUCUCCGGCGCCGGAAGUUGGAGUUGCGGUGUUUAUAUUAAAGGAUAAUAAGGUUCUGUUCGGUCGUCGCCGCUCCCUCUCCAUUGGCGCCUACACUUAUGCCCUCCCCGGCGGCCACCUUGAGUUCGGAGAAAGCUUUGAGGAAUGUGCGGCAAGAGAGGUGAAGGAGGAAACUGGACUAGACAUUAAGAACAUUGAGUUAUUAACAGCAACAAACAAUCUCCUCUCUGAUUCGGUGCAUCUCGUUGUCAUUUACAUGCGUGCAUAUUUAUCGGACCCGGAUCAAACACCUCAAAACAUCGAACCUGAUAAGUGUGAGGGAUGGGAUUGGUAUGACUUGAACAACCUGCCCGAAGCAACGUUUGGACCUUUGAGAGAAAUGCUGCAAGGUGGCUUCAAUCCGUUCCCUAUCGCCUCUUGAUUUAUGUAAUUUCUUACGCGGCGAAAGUGUUUUUCAUGUUGUAACGAUGAUUUUUGCAUAAUAAUGUUAAAUCUUUGUUUGGGUUUUUGGAAACA